AUGUCUAAUGUUUUUUUACCCGGUGAACUAAUUGGAUUGUUGCGGGCUGAACGAGCAGGGCGUUUCUUAGAAGAGUCGAUUUGCUAUCGAGUUCUAUUAUUGGGGAUAACAAAAACAUCUUUGAAUACUCAAAGUUUCAUAUCUGAAGCAAGUUUUCAAGAAACUGCUAGAGUUUUAUCAAAAGCCGCUCUCCGGGGUCGCAUAGAUUGGUUGAAAGGUCUGAAAGAGAACGUUGUUUUAGGGGGAAUGAUGCCAGUUGAGAUGAUGGAAGCUGGAGUUCAUUUUGGCCACGGUACUAGAAAAUGGAAUCCUAAAAUGUCACCUUAUAUAUCUGCAAAGCGUAAGGGUAUUCAUAUUACAAAUCUUAUUAGAACUGCUCGGUUUUUAUCAGAAGCUUGUGAUUUAGUUUUUCAUGCAGCAAGUGGGGGAAAACAAUUCUUAAUUGUUGGUACAAAAAAAAAAGCAGCUGAUUCAGUAGCACGGGCUGCUAUAAGAGUUCGGUGUUGUUAA